UAAAGAUAUGUUAGCAAAGUAAUAUGCAAGGGUGUCAUGUGCACAUUGUUGACAAGAAAGAGAAAAGAAAACAACAGAAAAAAGUGACCAUUGGCAGCCUGUAUUUCCAUCAUUAUUUUCCUUAAUACCAAACACACAAACAAAUAAUAUAAUUCUCUUUUUCCCCUUUUUUUUCCUUUUCAAGAACCCUAAAACCAUUCCAAAUUCAAAUUUCCUCUAAAUGGGUUUUCCAUCCCUUUUUGUUCCUUGUUAGAAAAACCCAUCAAAUCUUAACCUUCCCAUAUUGAGAACUGUCAGUUUUCAGUUUCAAUUUCAGUUUUUUUUGGUGUAAAAUGGGGUGAAUUCUGUGAAAAAUUUGAGUUUUGGGGAGUUGGGUGUUUGUAUAAUUGAUCUGCCGGUGAGGAAUUUGUUUGGGUCCUAACCGGCGACUAGCCCUAGAAGAAGGAAGAAGAAGAAGAAGAAGAAGAAGAAGAAGAAGAGGAAAAAGGGGAUAACGAUUGCUCAAAGAAAUGGCGAAUUUGGACUUGCAAAUGAACCCACAAAUGGAACAGAUCCAUGGAGAGAUUCGGGACAAUUUCCGAGCUCUAGCAAAUGGAUUUCAAAAGCUGGAUAAGAUCAAAGAUUCCAACAGACAGAGUAAACAGUUGGAAGAACUUACUGGGAAGAUGAGAGAGUGUAAAAGGUUAAUUAAAGAGUUUGAUCGUGAAAUUAAAGAUGAGGAGAGUAAAAGUCCUCCCGAGGUCAACAAACAACUCAAUGAUGAGAAGCAAUCAAUGAUCAAAGAGCUAAACUCAUAUGUGGCCUUGAGAAAAACGUAUAUGAGCAGUCUUGGCAAUAAGAGGGUUGACCUAUUUGAUAUGGGAGCAGGUGGAAGCGAACCAAUAGCAGAGGAAAACGUUCAGAUGGCAUCAGAAAUGUCAAAUCAGGAGCUCAUCAGUGCUGGAAACAAGACAAUGGAUGAAACUGAUCAAGCCAUUGAACGCUCCAAACAGGUUGUCCAUCAAACAAUUGAAGUGGGAACACAAACUGCUACUACCUUGAAAGGCCAAACUGAUCAAAUGGGUCGUGUUGUCAAUGAGCUUGACACAAUUCACUUCUCCAUUAAAAAAGCAUCCCAGCUUGUCAAGGAAAUUGGACGGCAGGUUGCCACGGAUAAAUGCAUCAUGCUUUUCCUCUUUCUCAUUGUCUGUGGUGUAGUUGCCAUAAUUGUUGUCAAGAUUGUGAAUCCUCACAACAAGGAUAUAAGGGAUAUCCCUGGACUGGCACCUCCAGCGCCUUCAAGGAGAUUGCUAUAUCUAAAGCCGGGACAAGAUUUCAUGUAAAUCUGUAAGGACGGAUCCAUCCAAUUUUCUAUAUGGUGAUUGUAAAGAAGUAUCAGAGGAAAUGCUAUUCGUGGAAAGCUGUUCGUUAAUUGUGAUCUCCUUGCCUGAAUUGUGCAUACCGUAUUUGCUCUGUUGUGCAUUUCUUUUUUCCUUUCCUUUCCAUUCCAUUUCAUUUUCUAUUAUGUAAAUCUUACACAAUAUUUGUCUUGUUUUCGCCUUCUUUUUUUUUGCAUUUUAUGGUGCAUUGGAUUCAUUUUGUUAACUCUUGGGAGUGUUAGAAGAGUUGCAAGUAGACAAAGAAAACACCAAUAUACUACUCAUGCUAUUUCUUUUCUUCAUGUAUGUAUGUCCAACAAUGGUGUUUUGAUGUUGAAUCAGACAACUGUGUGAACGAGUUUCACUUA